GCAGACCACACAGCUGCAGAGCAGGAUGAAGGAUCUGGAAAAAGAGAAGGAUGGAGGAGGGGGAAACCUUCGGCGUAAAAAGGAGAAGGAUCAGAGUUGGAUUCCCAAGAUCAUCAAGAAGCGAAUAUGCACCACUUUUGUUGAAGACUCUUUUAGUAAUGGAGCUUUGUGUCAGUGUGGUGGGGUGCGGGACAUGCACGACUCUAUAGCCACAGGUGACUUCUUUGGAGCCGCGAUCGUCAGCCAGUGGGACAGCAGACAGCACUCCUCUGAGUGUCCCACUGACGCUUAUGGACAACUGGAGUUUGCUGGUGCCGGACGCAGACACAGUCAUUUUGUUAGGCUGUCAUGUGACACAUCCCCACAGAUCAUCUACACCCUCAUGACAUCUCACUGGGGCCUGCCCUCACCCAACUUAGUGGUGUCUGUGGUGGCGGGUGAAGGCCAUGAAAAGGUGAAAAUGUGGGUGAGGGAUGUUUUAAGGAAUGGACUGAUUCGAGCUGCACAGAGAACAGGAGCCUGGAUUUUGACAGGGGGUCUGAGGGAAGGCGUGGCCCGCUGUGUGGGUGAGGCUGUGAGGGACUAUGAGGCUGGGGCCCCCGCUCUCUGCAAGAAAAAAGUGAUAGCAGUGGGAAUGGCACCGUGGGGCAUGGUGCACAACAGACAGCAGCUUAUCAGUGCACAGGGAAGCUUUCCUGCUCGCUAUUAUGUCCAGAACACAUCACGUGACUCCUCCUGCCUGGACAACAACUGCCAGGCUUUCCUGCUGGUGGAUGAUGGGAGUGUUGGACGUCGUGGGGGAGAAACAGCUUUUUGGGCUAAUCUGGAAGACUACAUUUCCCAUCAGCGAACUGGUAUCUGGGGUAGUGGCAGUAUUGAAAUUCCAGUGCUAUGUAUGCUUAUCUCAGGAGGCAGCAAUAUGUUGGCGAGAUUAGACAUCUCUCUGAGGAAAGCUACACCCUGGCUGGUUCUUGCUGGUUCUGGUCCAGCUGCAGAUUUUAUCGGUGAGCUGCUGGGCAGUCUCUCACCUGUUUCCCUCAGUCCCACCUCUCCUACAGAGAGGGACUCUGAGGGUCUGAAUGCAGAGCUCCGUGACAGGGUCCGAGAUAUGGUCCAAAAACACUUUCGUCCUGAAGCUGAGCUGGAGAACCUAGUGGACAAUGCUCUGAGCAUUUAUCAGAACAAAGAGCUCAUCACCAUUUUCCAUGGGGAGCAGGAGGGUGCUGAUGACUUUGACACCGUCCUUCUUAAAGCCCUCGUUAGUGCUAGUAAACGUAUGGCCAGUAAAGCCAGCGAGUACACUGAAGAACUGAAACUGGCAGUGGCCUGGAACAGAGUGGACAUCGCCAAGACCGAGCUCUUCAAUGGAGACAUUCAGUGGAAGUAUGAAGACCUGGAAGACUCCAUGACUGACGCACUGGUCAACGACAAACCUCAGUUUGUGCGCCUCUUCUGCGAGAAUGGCCUUAAUAUCCUGGAUUACCUGACACAUCGGCGCUUGGAGGACCUUUACCGCUCACUGCCCGACAGCUCACUUGCCUACCUCCUUCUUCAGAGGCGUCUGAGUGAGAGGCAGAGCCUCACUGGAACUUCACCAAACCAGGAUGCUGGCUCUCCAGUACUGAAGAGUACACAGAGUGCACUAAAUGGACCUGCAUCUGCAAAAGAACUAAGCCUGUAUGAGGUAUCCCGCUUGCUGUGGGACCUGUUGGGUGAUGUGUGUCAGCCAUUCUACUAUGGACCGCUAGGCCUGGACAGUACAACCAGCACCAGGAGGGCUCUGAAGCAAGUCAAUAAGAUGUUGCUGGGGGAGUGUUUGUACCGAGAGCAGCGCUGCCUCUCACCCUGGUCAGCCCUGUUCAUCUGGGCUGUCCUUCAGAACCGCUCUGAAAUGGCCAUUUACUUCUGGGAGAUGGCAGGAGAGUCGGUCCUGAGUGCUCUGGGUGCCUGUAAGAUGCUAAGGGAGCUUUCCAAACUUGAGAGUGAGACUGAGAGCAAACUGGCCAUGAAAGAACUGGCACAGACGUUUGAGAACCUCGCACAUGAUGUGUUCAGUGAGUGUUACCAGAACAGUGAGAGUCGCUCCUUCACUCUCCUCAUUAGGAGGUCACCAGUAUGGGGUGGGGCUACAUGUCUGCAGAUGGCUACUUCAGCGGAUGCUCGUCUGUUCUUCAGCCAUGAUGGUGUUCAGUCUUUGUUGUCUCAGAUUUGGUGGGGAGACAUGGAGAGGUCUACUGAGGUCUGGAAACUGGUUCUUACCUUCUUCCUGCCCCCCCUCGUCUACACAGACCUUAUCAGCUUCAGGGAACAAGAGGAAGAGGUAAAGUCCGUGGAGGUUCGUCAUCACAGAGACACUGACAGUCUGGAAGGGAAUGAUACUUCUGUCUUCUCCCUGGCUGACAUCAUCCAAAAUGAAGGUGAUGCUGAAGAGUUCAGAGCUUUAAAAGAAAACCUGAAAGAAACUUCACCACCCCAUUCCCAGAGGCCAUUUAUUGUGUCCCGAUGGAGAAAGUUCUGGUUUGCCCCUGUUACCUCAUUCCUAGGCAAUGUGCUGAUGUACUUCCUGUUCCUCUGCCUGUUUGCCUAUAUUUUGUUGGUGGAUUUCAAGCCUGCACCGCCUGAUGGCCCCGCAACUCUGGAGUUUGUGCUUUACUUCUGGGUUUUCACCUUAGUAUGUGAAGAGAUUCGGCAGUCAUUCUUUGUGGGUGGCAUCGUUAUGCUCCAGAGGAUGAAGAAUUACAUCCAGGAUAUGUGGAACAAGUGCGACCUUGUGGCCAUUGCUCUCUUUACUCUGGGACUGUGUUGCAGAAUGUUUCCUUGGUCAUUUGAGUUUGGCCGGGCAAUGAUGGCUAUUGAUUUUAUGGUCUUCACCCUGCGUCUCAUCCAUAUCUUUGCUGUUCACAAACAACUUGGGCCCAAAAUUAUCAUUGUCGGAAAAAUGAUGAAGGAUGUCUUCUUCUUCCUGUUUUUUCUGGCUGUUUGGCUCAUGGCUUAUGGUGUCGCCAAUCAGGCACUUCUCUACUCAUACGAUCCCCGCCCUGAUUGGAUAUUCCGGCGAGUUUUCUACAGGCCAUACCUGCAUAUUUUUGGACAAAUCCCCAUAUCUGAAAUGGACGCGGAUAAAUUGGUGGAGGUAAACUGUACAGACGAUCCCCAGAGGAUCGAAGCAGGAGAGGAGCCCUGUGUGAGCACCUAUGCAAACUGGCUGGUUGUCAUUCUCCUUGUGAUCUACCUGCUGGUUACCAACAUACUACUGGUCAACCUCCUCAUUGCAAUGUUCAGCUAUACCUUCUCCAAAGUACAGGAGCGUAGUGACACCUACUGGAAGUUUCAGCGUUACAACCUAAUCGUGGAGUACCAUUCAAGACCCUGCCUGGCCCCACCGUUUAUCAUAAUCUCACAUCUGCACCUUUUAAUAAAAAGAUACAUACGCCGUAUCCCCUCUGUCAAGAGACAAGACUUUGUUCGGGACCUGCGGGGCAGAAAGGCCAGCCGCCUCAAUACAUGGGAGGCUAUCCAGAAAGAAAACCGCCUUUCAGCCCAAAAUAAGCAGCAAAGGGAGAGUGACACAGCUAGACUAAAAUCCACAUCAGUCAAGGUGGACAGUGUGCUGAAGCAGAUGACUGAGAUCCGUGACCACGACCGAAGGCUGCAAGUGCUGGAAACAGAGCUGGAGUACUGCUGCAGCACCCUCUCCUGGAUGGCUAAUGCUCUGGCUCAAAGUAACCUGAUCAACGCCAGCCAUCCUCCUCCAGUGCUCAGAGAUCUGACCCCAUUAUCACCAAGGUGACUCUCUGAACUGCACACUGGUGUGGACACGUACAUUUCUUUGACCCUUUUUCCCAUUCCUUCAUAACCUUAACCUCAGCUCCAGACUGUUUAUAAAUAAUCUCUGCAGUAACUGUGGUAUCAUUUGUGUUAUAGGUUGCAAAUUUGAGAUUUUAUGUUUCACAAGUCCUGGGUCUUUUGUUAAAGAUAUGUUUUGGGCAUUUUACCUUUAUUAAGUGUACAUACGAAGGAGAAAGCCCAGGAGGUGGGGGUGUCCUGGGCUGGACCUGAGCAGCAGGGUUUCUGGGACAUGAAGGGUGACUGAUAUUAUAUAAAAGGUGAUGAACUGCCUUCUCCACUGGUUGAACUUACUCUGAGCUUUACCUGUAAACGAACAAAAAUAACAAUAGAGAUGUGUACCAGACUUUGACUACUUGUUUUGCAUCCUCUGUGUAUUUUUUCUGCAUUGCAUGUGUUGAUAUAAGGAGUAAAAGUGAAACUAUGAAGGCUUUUU